AUGAUUGGUAUCUUAAUCGUCCUAUGUAUUUUUACCCUUACUUAUUUUCUUGGAUAUUAUAUUUAUUGUAAUUAUUUUCGUGCUGAACACGUACCAUAUGAACUAUUGAAGAGUAAACGUGUUAUUAUAACAGGAGCUAGUCGAGGAAUCGGUGAACAAUUUGCCUAUGAAUAUGCGAAACACGGUACCUGUCUCAUAUUAGCAUCACGCCAGUUAAAGGAUUUGGAACCGGUUGCACAACAGUGUCGGACGUUGGGCUGUCAACAAGUAGAAUGCGUCGAAUUUGAUGCAGGCAAAGUUCGAAAACGUGUGAAGAAUGGUAUGGUGUUAAUAUGUAUUGCAGUACAACAUUUUUGA